UGCAUUCACUUGUGUGUUUUAAAAAAUAUUUUUUUUCCUGUAUGUAAUGCGCAUGCUCAAAUAUUCAGUCAGUGCAGCUGUUUCUUUUGCUUCAAAGGAAGAUUUGAUUUGAAAGAUUGAAGGAUAUAAAGAUGACUACAUCAUGGAGCGAUCGACUUCAGGAUUACGCGGAUCUCCCGGCAAACAUGGACGGAUUGGCUAUGAAGAAAUACAGAAGAGAGGCCUAUCACAGUUUGGCCCGCGAUAUAGCUAAAUAUCACGCAGCAGUGAGGGUGUUUGUAAACAGAAGUUUGGCCAUGGAGAAGAUCAAAUGUUUUGGCUUUGACAUGGAUUACACUUUAGCAGUGUACAAAUCGCCAGAGUACGAGUCUCUCGGUUUCGACUUGACGGUAGAGCGACUUGUCUCCAUUGGCUACCCGCAGGAACUCCUCAGCUUCGUGUAUGACCCUUCCUUCCCCACAAGGGGCCUUGUGUUUGACACCACGUAUGGGAACCUGUUGAAGGUGGAUGCCUACGGCAAUAUCCUGGUCUGUGUGCACGGCUUUAACUUUCUGCGCGGGCCUGACAUUCGAGAGCUCUACCCAAACAAGUUCAUCCAACGCGACGACACAGAGCGUUUCUACAUCCUCAACACCCUGUUCAACCUGCCAGAAACCUACCUCUUUGCCUGCCUGGUUGAUUUUUUCUCUAACUGUGAUCGAUACACAAGCUGUGAAACAGGCUUCAAAGAUGGUGACCUCUUCAUGUCCUUCAAGAGCAUGUUUCAGGACGUCCGCGAUGCCGUCGACUGGGUUCACUUUAAGGGGACUUUGAAGGAAAAGACUGUGGAAAAUCUGGAGAAGUACGUUGUGAAAGAUGCAAAGUUGCCUCUCCUGCUUAGUCGAAUGAAUGAAGUUGCCAAGGUUUUCCUUGCCACAAACAGUGACUACAAAUAUACAGAUAAAAUCAUGACAUACCUGUUUGAUUUCCCUCACGGCCCAAAGCUGGGCACCCCACACCGGCCCUGGCAGUCCUACUUUGACCUCAUUCUGGUGGACGCACGGAAGCCUCUGUUCUUUGGCGAGGGGACAGUUCUCCGUCAAGUAGAUACGACCACAGGGAGGCUGAAGAUUGGGACCUACACCGGACCUCUGCAGCAUGGCAUAGUGUAUUCUGGAGGCUCCUCAGACAUUGUGUGCGAUCUGCUGGGAGCUAAAGGCAAAGACAUCAUUUAUAUUGGCGACCACAUCUUUGGAGACAUUCUCAAGUCUAAGAAACGGCAGGGCUGGAGGACAUUCCUGGUUAUUCCUGAACUGGCCCAGGAGCUGCAUGUGUGGACAGACAAGAGCUCAUUAUUUGAGGAACUCCAGGGCCUGGACAUUUUCCUGGCAGAGCUGUAUAAACACUUGGACAGCAGCAGUAAUGAAAGACCAGAUAUCAGUGCCAUCCAGAGAAGGGUGAAGAAAGUGACCCAUGAUAUGGACAUGUGUUACGGCAUGAUGGGUAGUCUGUUCCGCAGUGGCUCCAGGCAGACGCUGUUUGCAUCACAGGUGAUGCGUUAUGCCGAUCUGUACGCCGCCUCCUUCAUCAACCUCCUUUAUUACCCCUUCAGUUACCUGUUCAGAGCCGCGCACGUCCUGAUGCCGCACGAAUCCACAGUAGAGCACACCCACGUGGACACGGAAAUCGAGUCGCCAUUGGCAACACGCAACCGUCACUGUGUGGACUGCAAGGACACAGACUGCAAGAGAAACCAGCUGACGCGAUCAAUCAGUGAAAUCAAACCGCCCAACCUGUUUCCCCAAACCCCACAGGAAAUCACGCACUGUCACGACGAAGAUGACGAUGAGGAAGAAGAAGAGGAAGAGGAGGAAGAAGAGGAGGAGGAGGAAGAGUAAGUGACUCUCUGACCUCUCCCCUCCAGCCCAGCCCUGAAUUCCUCUCUUAUGAGGAGCCAAUCCAGAAGAAAAGUGGGAUCCUAAGGAAGGAGAAAAGAGGAAAGUACAUGUGUAGAAUAGUUUUAAAUGCAGAGGUUUAGUUUUUUGUUGUUUUUUUUUUAACUAUGCGGAAAUUUCUGACUAAAAUACGAAGCCGAGCUCAGCCGGUUUACGCCUCAGAAAAAAAAAAAAAAUUCCAGUGAAAGUGUUUGGUUUUGUUUUUUUUUCCAAACCUGCCCAUCCUUACUUUAAAAAUGAAGAGUUGAUAUGAGCUAAUGUUUUAGAGAAACAGUUUCAUAUAGAUUUUUUGUAAUUUUAUGGAGAGAAUUCUAUGUGGAAUCUUUCUAAGUAAGUUGAGUUGCUGUAGACAGAAGCCUAAUCAGUUAAUACUGUCAGUUUAACACAUAGACAAGAGACACACUAUAAAUCCUUUACUGUGUGCUAGCAGUAGAGGGUGGAGUUAUACGGUUAUAACCUAUGCGUUUACAUUAAACUGUAACUAAUGCAUCAUAUGAUUCAGUGUGACAGCCUGUAGGGAGAUAUCAGGCAUAUCAGUGGCCACAAUACACACACACACACACACACACACACUAGUAUUUUAUGUAAAAGAGUGAGUGAAGCAACAGAGUUUCUAAUCUGAAUAAAAAGGCAUUUUUUUUAAAUCAUUGUUUAAUUAUGAGAAUUGUUUGCUUUUUUAAAAGUAGGUUUAAUUAUUUUGACUCUGAUGUGUAAAAAGCUGUUUGGGCAAUUAUCAGCCCCGAGCCAAAAUUUUUCCCGUAAGAUUGUAACUAUGGGCUCUGUAGUCCGAAAAAAGCACAGAGAAAGUGCAUUUGUGGAGUGUCAAGCACAAGUAUGGUUGUGGGUUUUUUUUUUGUUUGUUUGUUUGUUUUUUGUUAGUUUUUCCAUAUGAAAGCUCUCAUUGAAACAGGAAUUUGAAUGAAGCUUGGAGAAUUGGGCAAAGCACAUUGAGAUGGCAGAUGUAAAAGUAUAGUUGAGUGUUGCAAACACAAGCAUCUUGUAACCUGGCAACAGUAACACCGGGGCAACUGCACACGGAUAAGGCUUUUUUUGUUAUUUUGUCCUUUCUUUAAAUUACGUGGUGUUGAAUGCCACAGCUAACUAUCAGUGGAUUUUCUUUUGGCCACUUCUCUGUCACACACACACA